UAUGAGUUUUAAAUCUCUUUGGUUCGCCACCGAAAAAACAAACAUGAAUACAAACGAAUUUUUGUUUAAAAUAUUGUGCAAAGGUGCAAUAUGUGGAAGUUGAUUUUUUUGAGGUUGAUAAGGUUUAAUUUAUUAAACUACUAAAUUUGACUUCCUUCAGCGUAGGACAGCCCAUAGUCAGUCUGUUCAGGUGGUCCUUUUCUCACUCUUUGGACAAAACCCGCGCAAGUCUUUCAAAAAAGAGAAACGUUUAUGUCUCUCUUUACACAGAAGACCAGAAAACGUAGAAAUAAUUUCAAAAGAGUUUUAAUUCAGUGGACCAUUUAUUUUCUAAUUAUUCCACUCUUUUGUAAACAUUGAGACGGCUCUUCAAAAGCACCAAUAGGCCAGACAUUCAACUUGACAACAACCACCCCCCCCCCCACUCCCCACCCACCCACACACACAGAGAGAGACUUGUGUCUGUCAGCAUCUCGUAAACUUUUCGGAAGCGCCUAGACUUUUAUUACGUAGGCAAAGAUUUUCCGGGUGAAAACGUCUUUUUAGUGCUUAUAUUAUUUGUUGACAAGACUUUCGUUUUCCCGAAUAUAUAUUGGAUGCAAGCAGUGUUUACAGCAUUAUACCGUGAACAUCAGGGUCCUGGAAACAUCUUGUGUAUCGGGCACAUUUCUAUAACACACGGCUAAUUAACCUCACUCACUCACUCACUCACUCACUCACUCACUCACUCACUCACUCACUCACUCACUCACUCACUCACUCAUUUUCUACCGCUUAUCCGAACUUCUCGUGUCACGGGGAGCCUGUGCCUAUCUCAGGCGUCAUCGGGCAUCAAGGCAGGAUACACCCUGGACGGAAUUUAUUUGCUAAAUAUCAGUGCUGUAUGUUGAUAGAGCUACACAAAAUGUGACAUGUCAGUGCGAAUAUAUACAAUUGCUAUUUGAGAUUAAAUGAGCAAUUUCAGAAAAUCUGGGAAAAUGACAUUUGCCCAAUUUUGCAUAGCUUUACAUUGGCUAUCUUUUUAUACAUAACUUACCUUUGUUUUUGGAACAUCUCUUCCGACGGGUAUGGUCGAUAUACCACGGCAUGUUCUUUAGUUUCAACGUAUACGAUUAAACGUCCUCCUAGACAUAUCACGUGAACAUAUGAGCCAAUGACAACACGACCUUGGGAGGCGCUUAGGGCGCGUCCGAUUCUUUUGACUUCUGCAGAUUUCGUUUAUCUGCUGUUGUUCAUUUCAGUCAACCUUUAAGUGAUGAAACCCCUCGCCUAGAUGUCCUACUGCUAUGACAACGUCACAGGUCCUGCGCCCGCGCUGGACCGAUCCGGUCAUGUUUUUAUAUGACAACAGCAGUACUUUGUACGACGCGGGCAAGAACAUGGACGCUUUUGCGGGAGGCAACUUUGCAACGAGCGCGUGCAGAAAUCUUGUAGUUCCCAGCGCUGCCUACACGUCAAGCGAAGUGACUAUUGCAGGAGUUGGUGAGCCUGGAAAACAAUUCAGCCCGUGCACGGCCUCGCAGGGAUCUGGCGGCGCGUCGCUGUCUUAUGGGUAUUUUGGCAGCGGUGGAUACUACUCAUGCCAACUGUCUCACCACCACUGGGCUAGCAGUGGGGUUAAAUCGGCCGCUCAUUCCCCAGCCUCUGCCUCCUCUCAAUACGGGGAUAAAUAUAUGGAUAUGCCAACCCCGUCGGGCGAAGAUUAUGUUGCUUCUCGAGCCAAAGAGCUCGCAUUCUACCCGAGUUAUGGUUCGAGUCCGUACCAACCCGUUGCCAGCUACCUGGAUGUACCUGUAGUACAUGCUGUGAACGGGCCAUCGGAGCACAGAAACGAGUCUUCUUUAUUGCCUAUGGAAAGUUAUCAGCCCUUGGCCAUCAGCGCUAACGGAUGGAACGCACAAGUUUGCUGCGACAAAGACCAGCCGAGUACAGGGCACGGGUGGAAAUCAUCUGUACUAGACUCAGUUCCUCGCAGGGGAGCAGACGCAAGUUCGUUCAGGUGCGGCAGAAAAAAACGUGUCCCAUACACAAAGGUGCAACUUAAAGAACUCGAGCGCGAAUACGCGGCCAACAAGUUCAUUACCAAGGACAAGCGUAGGCGGAUAUCUGCACUGACCAACCUGUCUGAACGACAGGUGACCAUUUGGUUUCAGAACCGGCGCGUAAAAGAGAAGAAAACGGUCAACAAAUUACAUACCUAACGUUUAAAAACAACAGAAAGGAACAUUCUCCACAGAAGCACAGACAGAGCUAUAUAUGUCAGUAUAGACGUUUGAGAGAAUUGCAUAGACUACCGUCUCACAGGGACUGACUUUAAAUCUAACAUAUAUAAUCAUGGCGCAGAGCGUCAUUUACCACCGUCCGCCAAGUUGUGGUGAGCAGUGUGUGAUUACUCAACAACUCAGGACUAAGGAACGUCACUAACGCUGCGUGAAAAUCCCAUAUGUAUGCUGCUCCUAAUCAAUAUGCCACGAAUUUGAAACCCGUAGGAAAAUGACUGCAUCUGGCUCGUCAGUUGUUGACCGGUUCUGUGUCAGGCUUCAACGCAUUCAGUUUCAACAAGACAAUGUAAUUUAUUUUAAUUAUUAUAAACAACGUAAAACGAAAAACAAACAAACAAACAAACACAACACUUUAUUCCAACAUUUAUUCUUACAUUUAUUCCAACAUCAUUUUGUACAAAAUCAAGACAACGUGCUGAGCUACAAGCUUAUUAGAAGAGUAACAUCGCCAUCUGCUGAUGACUUUGGGUUGAUUCACUUCAUUGACUGUGAAUACUUGUGAUUUCUGUUUUUUCUCUAAAAGAAAAUAAACACGGACUGCUGUUAUUAUAUUA